UUUGGAGUAUUUCUACCAGGUCCAGCGUUCAGGGGAGCAGUAUUUCUGAUAACACUUGUUAGUGCAUCGUAGUUCAUAUUAGUGCAUUUUCACAUUAAUUUAGUCUAAACGAUGACCCAUUACGAAGAAGUAAAUGUCCGCGGGUAUGAUGAAUUCUGUCAGGCUGUGUCUGAAAGAAAAGGAAAAGAUAUUUAUGCUUAUUUCUCUGGCGAUAAAGACGCCCAAGGAAAGAGCUGGUGUCCAGACUGUGUGAAAGCUGAGCCAGUUGUUAGAGGAGAGAUGGCUCAUCUUCCUGAGGGUUCUGUCUUCAUCUACUGUCAAGUUGGAGAACGGGCCUAUUGGAAGGAUCAAAGUAAUGCCUUCAAGAAGACACUGAAGUUGAGUGGAGUUCCCACUCUGCUGCGAUAUGGCACUCCUCAGAAGUUGGUGGAAGACGAAUGCUUCAAAGCAGAGCUGGUGAAGAUGAUGUUCACUGAGGACUGAGGGCUCCCGCACAGUUCACAUUACUCAUAAUUCAAGAUUUGAGUCAUUCAAGAUUUCUUCACUGUUAAACUGUGAAUUUCAUCACCAUUCGGUUUCACUGUACAUUUCCAACUGUAAUUUGAUGCAAAUCAGCAGCAGUAUAAGUUUGCAACAAAAAUAAUGGGAAUCCUUUGUCAUACACAGCUAUUCAAUUAAUUCUAAACUGGAAAAUUGGCAAAAACAAACUUUUAGAAUUGCUACUAAUCAUACUAAUUUCUAUUGUUCCGCUUUAUGUGCAAUCACUUAUUUGAUACAUUUCUUCAAAUUUAAUGAUGUUCUAACACACUAGUUGAUUAUAAAAAAAUGCCUUGGGAUUUUUUUUUUUAUUGUGACCAUUUUAAUGUGACUUUUGUUGCCUUGCAGUACGACUCAAAUAAAAUGACACUUGACGCUGAA